AGGUUGGAUUUCCGUCGGACGCUCGUUCGCUUUCUGCUCGAAGCUUUGAACGCAACCGUGUGUGUCUGCCAGUUGUUUAGAGCGAUUUUGUGCUAAAACGUACGGAAAACCUGCUAAAAAGCUGCACCCAAGCAAAGCGUGUUAUUUGCUGUGGUGCGUCGGUGAAGAAAUUGCACUGUACGCGUCGAAAAUCCAGCAACCUGUGGUAGUUUUAUUGAAGUGACCGCAGACCACCCGUGUUCGAUCGCGCACCAGUACUCUGGCAGCUACGGGCACUCGUUCACUGGUUCGCUGGGCCUGGCCAAUAUACGCUGUCCACGAUUGUCACCGAAAUUCCCGGUGUCCUCGCGUCAAUUCGCAUUGUGAAAUAAAAGCAUCCUUCGAGCGUGUGUUGUGUGCGUGUGUGUGUGGCAGGCACACGGGUGAAAUCCUCCGCCGAGGGAUUUACUCCUGGUGCGGUGACGAGCGUGCGAGAGAAAGAGAGAGAGAGAGAGAGCGGGAAAGAGAAAGCCAAGCAACGAGAGCGGGAAAGAGAUCGGUCUUUGCAGCCGUCAUCAAACAACUAUUGUGUUUUUCAGGCCGAUUUUUGACGUUUACCCGUGACUGGCAGGCCGUUUUUUAGGCGGCGGUCGAUUGUUCCGUUGCGGUUUAUUGCUAAGAAACACUAGCAGCAGGCCACUUUUUCCGGACGCGCUGUCCGUGAACGUCCACAUACUACUAUCGCGUCAUCAGCAACACCACCACCAUCAUCAUCGUCUCCAUCGAUCCAUUCGUCCAACUGGCUGGCAUAUAGUGUGUAUACAGGGUACAGUGUGUGAAAAACAAUAUCACAAACAGUGUGCAACCGUAGUAGGCUCGUUGAAGAGCUCAGAGUGAAGAAGGUCCCAGACGGCGCCUCAUUGUUGUGCCUGCUCACAAUAAUCGUAUUGCAGUGCUGCUGCUGCUAAGCCGUUCGCAAGGCUGUAUGUGUGUGUGUGUGCCGAAUUGAAGUGUGUACGUUUGUGUGCAUACGUGUUUGUGUUUUUUUGUGUGUAUGCGGAAUUUUCCACCAUUAGCGUCGUGCAUUUUUUCCAGCAAAACGCACAGUGAUCUCGCCAAAGGAUCCCAUUUUCAAGUGGCUCUGUGCUAAGUGAAAUACGCGUGACCGGAAGAUAGAUUGUGUCUGGUAGAAGAUCUACCGUGCAGCGAUCUUUCGAAACGAAAAAAAAGCAAAGAAGAGGUAGCUUCUGCUUCAACAAGGCGAAACGUAACAGAACGACGAGCCACUGAUCAGAAACAGACCCCGUUAAUGCAAAAAAAUGGCAAUCGUCAAGGAUAGUGCAACGUUCUUCCAACACGGCAACUCGGCCCAGUUCGACUACGUGCUCAAGCUGUACCCGAAAGCGCUGAAGCUGAAGGCCGAAACGCGUGGCAACGGCAAAAAGGCAGACAAACUGCUGCGUCUCGAAAAGUGGUACCAGAACGAGCUGCCGAAGUUGAUAAAAAAUCGUGGCCGAGACGCUCACCUGCUGCACGAGGAGCUGGUGCAGACGAUGGAAUGGAAGCAGACGCGCGGCAAAUUCUACCCGCAGCUGUCGUAUUUGAUCAAAAUCAACACACCCCGGGCAGUGGUAAUGGAAACGAAGAAAGCCUUCCGGAAGCUACCAAAUCUCGAACAGGCGCUAAAUGCACUCUCGAACCUGAAGGGUGUAGGGAUCACGAUGGCAUCGGCCUUGCUGGCUGCCGCUGCACCGGAAAGUGCACCGUUUAUGGCGGACGAAUGUCUGAUGGCGAUUCCAGAUAUCGAGGGUAUUGAUUAUACGACCAAGGAGUACCUAAAGUUCGUCACACACAUCCAGCAAACAAUGGAACGGCUAAACCUGGAGGAGGACAGCAAUGGUGCGGCGGAAGAGUCUGCGAACGAGAAGAAGGACAACACAGCUAAUGGUGGCGGCGGUGUAGUUGACGGUGGUGGACGGGCAGAUGAUGGUGCGGCUGACGGAGAAGGAAGUGAAAGCGCUGCGAAGGAAGCGGUAGUAAAGGAAGGAAAGGGUGAUACGGCCGAAAACGGUGCCUCGGGAAAGACAGCAGCCGCAGCAACAGCAGCAGCAGCAGCAGCGGGACCAAAGCCGAAGAAAUGGUCAGCACAUUCGGUCGAGUUGGCGCUAUGGACACACUAUGUCGUGUCGGAUUUGCAACCGGAAUUGCUUGGUGGUAUGCCUGGCAAUGGUAAUGGCGUGGCGGCCACCGUUGAUGAUGAUGCUGCACAAAAUGGAAUCUCGAAAGAGGAGGGUGGCGACGACGAAGAUGAGGACGAUGUAGGUGACGAAGAGGAGCUCGAUGGGGACAACGGGAUAGCGGAGGACGAGGGUAAUACGAAUGAUGAAAACUCCCGCACCGCUAUGAUGGAAUCGUCGGAAUCGGAAAGCAACGAAGCGGCAGUUGCAGGAGUAGCGGUCGUGUCGAACGGCAAAAGUACGUCGGGUUCGAGUGGUUCUGCUCAGGACGAGGAAGAAAAGCUGGCCGACGACACGGAGGAUACGUCCAAGGACGCAACUGAUAAUAGCAGCACAGCCGUUACGCUGACGGAGUUAACGAACAAUGGUACCUCGGUAGUGGAACCGGUGGCGACAUCGCACACGCAAGAAUCCACACUCGUUGACGACGGCACGAAAGCGUCCGUCGAAUGCUUAGGUGGCGGAGCACUUGGCACAAAGGCCGCGUUAAGCACGGACAGCUCCGUUGCCGACAGUACCGAAUCUGAAGCACCGAUCAGCACCACCGACGGUAGCAGUAACGGUAGCAACAAACGUCCCCUCUGCUGCGAGGAUAAUGGUGAAGACAACCCCGAACUAAGCGCUCCGAAGCUGAUAAAGCUGUAGGGUGGUACAAGUCAAUAGACACGGACACGCGGUGGAUGGCAUAUAUGUGACGGGGAAAAGCCUAGGGGGGAUGAAUGUGGUAUAGGCCUUGUGCUUUACCUCGAUGUAGGGAAGGGGGGAGUGUGGCGUAAUGCUUAGGUUAGGAUAGUUUCUAGCACAGUACAACAAUCAUUAUGGUCACAAAUCAGCAAAGGCGUGUAAAGGAAGAAGAAUAUCCAAGACGAAAGGGAAUGGAAACCCAACUGACGCUACAAGUUACAGUGCUGCUGCAUCGUUGGCAUCAGUUGCAAAGGACGCAAGGAUUUUUAUUUGUACAACACCAAUAAUAUCUAAGAAAGGUUGAAAACACACGCUUAUUUUUCGGGGAAAAGAAGAAAAACAAAAACUGCCGCAACGCAUACAUUGUGCGUUGCGUUGUCGUGUGAGAAGCAAGAUAUAAAGGACAAGAUACACAGUUGACUAUAGACCAACAUUUAUUAUGCUUCGUCCUUUUCGGUAAAAAGCAUACUUUCUUUCACGUUGCAAUUGCUGUCUUGAACUUCUUGCAAAGUUGCUCUGUGAAUCGGUCCUUUAUUUUAUCAUGCGUGAUGGACCCAUCAUGCAUAUCGGUUUUUAUCUUUUCGAAACCGUACAGGUAGAACUCACCCCAUGAAUUGGCAUUAAACAGUGACACAGGACUAAGACUCCGUCGAUCUCAGUUAAGAAUUUUCCUGCUAAAUACUAAAAAUUCCGUGCAUCAUUCAACAACAGUGCAAAUUUAUCCUUGCUUCACAGUAUAUUCAUUUAAUGGGUUAUUAUUAGUUGAGACGAGACUGGAUUCUUCUUUUCCCUAUUACAUCAUCCGAAGGUCCGACGACGAAAGUGAACGACCGAAAGUUUAUCUCAUACUAGCUACGAUCUAAGUUUUUUUUUGUUCAUUUUAUUGUAUUUAUAUACUUUAGAUAAUCGUAUCCAACGAUAGCCAGAUAGAGGAGUAUGCAGGUUUGGGGGGUGCGAAACGAUUCAACAGUUGAAAAUCCUUUUUGAGGAAAUGAAUAGCAAAACGCAGAAACAUAGUAGAACUUGCUAGGGAUUGUUGUGGGUCUGUUGGAGGAUUUCUCGGAUAUUGUAAGUUAUUGAAAAAGAAAAACACGAAAACCCUUUCUCUUAAGAUCGUGUGUAAUAUCAACUUUAAGAAAAUUAUCAUGACUUUCUGGAAUCAUACUUGCAAUGACGGUAAAGUUACAGAACGAUUGUAAUUAUUUCACUGACUACACUGACAUUUUACGGGAUGUGGUGUCAAAUUGACUGCAUAACGACGUUGAGACAAGCGCAAAAGGAAGUGAGGCUUAUCAAAGAAACAAAUUUUCUUAAACGAAAGAUAGACAAAUUGCUUAUAUUGUUUACCACACUACUUAACAAAAGACAUGUAACUAUUAUAGCUUAAUUUUCGUCUUUUAAGUUGCAAAUAUUCCUUCAUUGGACGUAUACUGUUUUAACUUCGUUUGAAUUAUUUUUUUUGUGCUAUCGCCAAUAAACUUUGCGCGCUGUCUCGUUCUCAAUGUGCGCCAUCAGCAGUAUGACGAAUUUUGCACGAGAACACAAUUAUGCUGCCCUUACUCUAUAAUGUUGGAUGAGGUGGCUUUAACCAAGCCUCCCAAAGAUUUUCAUGUAGCUCUUUUGGUUUACAAGGUUUGUUUACAAGGUAUGUGUGAGCUGGAUAAUGCAGUUAAUGCUUACAAAGUAGUUGGGUCAUGUUUGGAAUUGGUUUCCAAGCUUUCGCAUUGCAUUAACUUUCAGUACCGCGAAAGUAUUCGAAUUCUUAGGGAAAUAUUCGACAAAAAAUCCAAAUCCGUUGCAAGGACUGAUUAUCAGGCUACGUGGGAAAACAUAACUCUAAUAAGCUAAUUAUGGAAAUUUUGAUCUUGAAGUUCAAGCAUUACGCAAGAAAAAGGCUUGGUUCAAUUGUUGAAAACAAUACCCUGUAUUGAUCGGAUGAAGAUUACAUGCCCAAACAUCGUUUGUUUACAUCUCUACGCAACACAUUUUUUCCGAGAUCACUUUGAAAGAACUUUCAAAAGAUGAACCAAAACCGAGGUAAUGGUUCGUAGUAUCAAUUGGUUCUCUGGUUUUUUUUUUUGAAAAAUUACUGCUGGCGACUGUUUGUUUGAGAACCAAACUUCCGAGGGUUAGCUGGUUGUGGAUUAAUGAAUUGCUGAUUACUUACCCCUAAACAAAGACUUACAAAGACCGACAACUACAAAGGAGAAAUAAGAAGACGAGGCAGGUUUUGUUCACGGGGAACUUGAAUCAGGUACGAUUUGAAGUAACUGCGGACAGUUUAUGUAACUUUGCACGGUUUUUAGUAUAAAUGUUUUUGUGAUUUGAACCAGUUUUAAAAUGCAUGCAAACAAGAAAUUGCAAAAAAUAAAAAUGUAGAAAAUACACAAAAUCCCCAUUUACCCCAUACAUACAAGUGAAAUCAAAUGACUGAGAUUUAUAUAGAAAGUAGUCAAACAUGGAACAAACAUUAAUGAGCAGCGUGAAGCACAGACAGUGUGUAAAAUAUGCUUGUGUUGUAUGUGUAUGGUGUGAAAGUACUGUAUGAGUGCCUGUGCAUUAAUCUUUUUCUACACCGUCAGGAGUGAAUGCUGUGUGCGCGAAAGAGGCGAGAACGAUGCGAUGUGGAAGCAGCUUUCAGAUAGAAAUAGUUAUUCAUAGGAUGUUGUAGUAAGAACCAGAAAGAAUCCCUAUCAAGAGAGGGACACUAUGUUUUCGGAAAGAUGGAUGAAGAAAAUAAACACUUAUACACGAAAAAUCACAUACGGAGCAGCAAAUGAUUACAAAUCGACACACCUAACUGAGCAGCGAAACAGAUGCAAGUACUAUGUAAACAAGGAAGCAAACAUUAUUAUACACCUGCCACCAUUUCGUCAUUCAUUCGCAGUGCGUCUCGUUGAUCGAUGGAGCAAGCGGUGCAAUGAGCUGUAAAAUACUACAAUACAAGUGACUUAUUAGAAGAAUAAGUGACAAUCCGCGGCGAUAUGAUUUUAUGCAAUUGUUUUGUUUUGUGUCUCUUCAUGAACCAAGUUGACGAAGUAUAUGCUCGAUAAAUUGAUCGGCGGAAAUGAACCGUUUGCUCCCGUACGACAAGACUUGAGACCCGCAAAUGUGCGCUUGACUCAUCAAAAUCGGGAUACCCCAUGACCUCAUGAUGAUCCCCGAUCGCGGUGUAGAGAUCGAUAGAAGUACGGUCGAAAAUUAUUUCCGUUUUGCUUGAUGACGGCCAGUACUAGCAACGUGAUGAUUGCUUGCUGAACGUUGAAUGAAACAAGGGGAAAUAUUAUAAUUUUAUCAUUGUUGGUAUUAUUCAACACGUUGACAUUGUGCGUAUUGAAGAUGGCACAUACAUCAGUCCGAAGUGAACGAGAAGCUAUAGGGAAAAGGGUGAAGAGAACCUUAAACGUUUCGUGCAAGUAGUAUUAUUUUCAAUUAGAAUGAUGAUUAACAUACAAUGUGCGCACUGUACGAAUCUGAUGCACACAUGGCAAAAAGAGAAGGGAUGGAUGGUAAACAAGGUGGGGUGUAUUUGCAAAAAAGCAAAUGCAAAGUAAAAUGCUCACGAAAACUUCGUUUUCGUAUUCUAGCUUUUGUCCUCCUGGAACAGCGCAUAAAACCUCGGUACAUUAAACAACCACGAAAUCAUUAACAAGACUCAUUUAAAUUUACUAAGCAUAGUGUUUAAAAGGCAAACGGGAAACGUUGCAUGAGUACGGCAAAACGUAAGCUAAUGAAACAAGUGAAAGGACGAUAAUGGAGGAAAACCGGGAGAGAAAAUAUGGAACAAAGUAGAGUAAAGUACAUAUACCUGCACACAAACUAACUCAUCUAUACCGUAACGUCGUACCGAAAAAAAGAUAAUGCGAAAUGAAGAAAGCAAGUAAAUAUAGAGUCUUGAAUACUGUUAGUGGUGUAGAAGUUUAAAUUAGUAAGUGACAAAACACACAUGCAUGAUUUUGUGGAAUGAAAUUGAACCCAGAGUUGAAUGAGUGAGCCGUGCGUGAAUGGUAAUGUAUGUGUCGUGAUAGUGGUGUGAAAGAAGCAUAAUGGUGUGGAUGGGCGAAAAAAAGAAGAAACAAGUUAUUGAGCGAAGUAAAACUAACAAAAUCAAUCGAACGCAACAUUUUAAAAAAUUAUAGCGAAAGCAAAACAAAAAAAAUCUACACACACACAAAUACACAUAACGAUGAAGAAUGAACAUAAUUGAAGAAGAAGCUGAAGAUUGCAAAUGGUUAGCGCGGUUAGUUUAUAGCAAAGUGGAGAGGAAAACAAUAUUUACGAACUAAAUGUAACGAUCACAUGAUACGAUGGUAAACCAUAAACAGGACAAGACGGUAAUAUUUAAGGUUAUAAGUAAAUAUAAAAGAAAAGCGAAAAGGUAAAACAGCAUGGUAUCAUACAUUAAUUUUUAAAACAAAACAAAACCCUGCACACCACCAUCCCUUGAAAGUUGAACCAUUUAUACCUUUCCAGCGCAAUUUGCGAGAGAAACAUUUAUCCUUCUAUACUACCGGCGAUAAUAAAAAAGAAACAAAACGUGAAAAUAAGCAAAACAAAACAAAACAAAACAAACAAUAGCGAGUAGAUUCUAAAAUCACAACAAUAGUGACAAUUUAACAAAACUGAACAAAACAAGUGACAAAAGGAAUGAUGAAAAAGGAAGCUAAUUUAGUAGCACCGUAAACGACAAAAUGUCGCGAAAGUAGAACGAAAAUACAUUUUGCAAACAAACAAAAACUACCAACACAUACAUACACACAUCCAACACGUCAAUACAUUGAAACAAAUACAGCAGCACCUUACAUGCACACAGACGGAACUUUAUAAUGCAUAGAGUUUUAUAAUUUAAGGAGAAAAAGGAGAAUAAACAAACAAAAAAAAAACUUAUCAAAA